CUGCGCAUGUGCAAGCCUUCCCUUGCCUUCCUAUCCCAAGUAGCUUUGACUAGAGUGGAGCCUCCCGCGCCAUUUCUAUGCGCCUGCGUACUGUGACUCUGCGCAGCCCGGGAGGCGGGUCUUAGCUCCAGGCCCCUUCCCUAGUGGCUUAUGUCCCUUUCCCGGGGUCAUGGAGACAUUGCGUCCACCACGGCGGCGCCUCUGUCUGAAGAAGGGGAAGUGACUUCCGGCCUCCAGGCUCUGGCCGUGGAGGAUACCGGAGGUCCCUCUGUCUUGGCCAAUAAGGCCGAGGAAGAGGGGGAAGGAGGACAGGAGGAGGCCGAGCAUGCCGAGCCCGGGACUGAGGAGGCAACAGAAGUACCCAGCGCCGAGGGGGAGGAGCGUGUCGAGGGAGAAUCCGAGGACUGGUGCGUGCCCUGCAGCGAUGAGGAGGUGGAGCUGCCCGCGGACGGACGGCCCUGGAUGCCCCCGCCCUCUGAAAUCCAGCGGCUCUAUGAGUUGCUGGCUGUCCAGGGUACCUUGGAGCUUCAAGCGGAGAUCCUGCCCCGACGGCCCCCUACACCCGAAGCCCAGAGUGAAGAGGAGAGAUCUGAUGAGGAGCCGGAGGCCAAGGAAGAAGAAGAGGAAAAACCUCACAUGCCUACGGAAUUUGACUUCGAUGAUGAGCCAAUGACACCAAAGGACUCCUUGAUUGACCGGAGACGCACCCCAGGAAGUUCAGCCCGGAGCCAAAAACGGGAGGCCCGCCUGGACAAGGUCCUCUCAGACAUGAAGCGACAUAAGAAGCUGGAGGAGCAGAUUCUUCGUACUGGGAGGGACCUCUUCAGCUUGGACUCAGAGGACCCCAACCCAGCCAGCCCCCCACUCCGGUCAUCGGGGAGUAGUCUCUUCCCUCGACAACGGAAAUACUGACUGUUGUUGCUACUGCCUCUAGAAUGCAGAGACUGUAUCUGCUAGGGCCUGGGCUCUCUUUUCCUAACUUUCCUAACCCAGGAUGCUGGGAAACUUGGGAGAAAGAACCCCAAGCUCCCAACACAGCACCUUGCAGUGUAAUGCCAGAUUCGUGGGACCCCCAAUAGACCUCCAGGAGCCGAAUCCAAUG